CCGGCGUCGGGGCCGGGAGCAGCUCAGGAUCCUGCUGGAGGCAAUCCUGAUAACCGGCUCAUUUAUCUUUUUCUUUAAUGUGGAGAAAGGAGAUGGGGGAAGCCCCAGCAAUAUAGGAAUCCUUCCAAGUCUCGCCUCACUUUGCCCCCUCAAGAGAGACAAUGGCCAAGUUUGCUAUGAACCAGAACCUGCCAGACCUGGGUGGCCCCUUUCUAUACAGGGACCAGGAUGGUGGGGUUCGAAGUCCAUAUUCAGUGGAGACUCCUUAUGGCUUCCAGUUGGACCUGGAUUUUCUGAAGUAUGUGGAGGAUAUUGAAAGUGGACAAGGUCUCCGAAGCAGAGCCCCACUGCCCACUCGACGACCCCGGGGACCCCGGCCUUCUGGUCCCCGAAGCCCCCGUAGCCCAGGACCUUGGACUUCCACAGAAUCUUUGGCUAGUGAGGAUGGACGGGGGACAUCCCAGGGUCUGGGAGAGUCUGGGGGAGCCUUAUCUUUGGCCCCAGCACCUCCCCUUAGCCUUGGCCUCCUACCACCACCAUCACCACGAACAGCCUCAGGGAGAAACCUCAGAGUGGAGAAGACACUGCUGGAGACAAGUCGUAGGCUGGCACAGGAACAGGAGCAGGCACCUGUCGGCACCGGACUUGGUCCUGGUCUGGGCUGGAGGAGCCCACUGAGCUCUGGCAGAAGUAGCCCCGCCCCAGCUGCCAGCCCAGCCCAGCUACAGCAUGUUCGGGAGCAGAUGGCAGCCGCCUUACGGAGACUGCGAGAGCUGGAGGGCCAGGUGAAGUCACUCCCUGCUCUGCAGCAGCAGCUGCGUACCUUACGUGAGGAGAGGGCUCGUCUGCUACAGGCAGGGUACCAGCUAGGCCCUGAACCUGAGCCAGAACCAGAGCUAGACUCCCCAGCUCGGCCUGGGAAACUCGCUGAGUUACGACGGCUGACCGAAAGGCUAGCCUCAUCAGAGAGGGGGAUCAAGGCCCGAGCUCAGGCCCAUGGGUCUUCUUGUGAGAUAGGAACAUUAGUGGUGCCUGAAACCCGGGAAGUGGGCACGUUAAUGGCGCCUGAGAUGCAGGACAAAGGUGUGUUGGCAGCUUCUGAGACCUGUGAGGCAGGCAUACUGGUCAUACCCAAGACUUGUGAAGAAGGCAUGAUGGCAUUGCCCGAGACCCAUGAGGCAGCCACAUGGGUGACAGAAGAGCUAUUAGGGGUGCCAGAUGCAGCUGAACGGGAACUAGAGAUGCUGAAGAGCAGUCUGGAACACCAGCGUGGGGUGAGUGCUUUCCUGCAGGAGCGACUCCAGGAACUGGAGGCUGUUCAAGUUCUGAAGGAAGAGGAGGCAUUAUCCUGGUCACGACGACAAGAGGCUGCCACCCAGACCCCCAGCCACCUGGGGCAGGGGACCAUGGCUGAGAAGAGCACACAAGCUGAGCUGGGGCCCCUGGAACUGAGCCAUGGAGAGGCUGCCCCUUCUGGGCAAGAGGUUCUCAGUGAAGUGCCAGCCCAACAGAGUAGGGUCAUAGCCCAGGCUGGUACCCUCAGAUCCAUCAUGAAGAAGCGAGAUGGAGCAGCGGAGCCCAGCUCUGGCCCUAAAAGCCUACAGUUUGUGGGCAUCCUCAAUGGAGAGUAUGAGAGUUCUUCAUCCAGUGAAGAGGAAGAAGCCAGUGAUGGAGAUAGUGACUCAGAGCCAGGGGACCCUGAGGGCUCCUCAGAUGAUAGCUCUGGCUCUGCUGGCCACUCUCCACCUCAUUCCCCAGGGAGCAGCUCUUCUGGUGUCCAGAACCAGUCACAGGCUGCACAUGAUGCCCCUGACAACCAAGAGAAGUUUGAGCUGAGUUCCCGCCUGAAGGAAGCUUGUCUGGUGCUCCAGAAGCAGCUGAGCCAGCCCAGGGGCAGCCGGGACCGAGAGGGAUUUUCUUUGUCUUCACAGGCUUCCUGCACUUCACGUCUGGUACAGCAGGAAUGGUUUCGUGUGUCCAGCCAAAAGCACUCCCGCCCUGGUCCUGUGGCAGCCCUCCUGGCUUCCCUGAAUGCACACUCGCCAGCCUUGCUGGCCCAUGUGGUCAACUUGGCAGAUGGCAAUGGCAACUCAGCCCUGCACUACAGUGUCUCUCAUUCCAAUUUUGACAUUGUACGCCUGCUGCUGGAUACUGGGGUGUGUGAGGUGGAUCAUCAGAACAGAGCAGGGUACACAGCCCUCAUGCUGGCUGCUCUGGCCUCUGUAGAUGGAGAUGAUGACAUGGAUGUAAUAAGGAGGCUCUUCAGUUUAGGAAAUGUCAAUGCCAAAGCCAGCCAGGCAGGGCAGACAGCCUUGAUGCUGGCAGUGAGCCAUGGUCGGCAGGACAUGGUAGCUGCCUUGCUAGCCUGUGGAGCUGAUGUGAACCUGCAAGAUGAGGAGGGCUCCACGGCUCUGAUGUGUGCUAGUGAACAUGGACGAGUGGAAAUGGUGAAGCUCCUCCUGGCUGAGCCAACCUGUGACCAGGCUGUCUUGGACAAUGAAGGCACCAGUGCCCUGGCUAUAGCCCUGGAAGCUGGACAGGAAGAAGUUGCUGCCCUGCUGCACGCACAUUUAAGCUCAGCUAAAUCAGGACCUUUGACACCACCAGCUUCUCCAGAUUCUGAAAGCAGCAAUACAGAUGACAAGUGUGAAAACAAGGAUGUUGGGCCUAUGUGAUUGGUCAUAUCUCUCUUGUCUCAUCCCAGCUAAACAUAACUUGAUGUUCUGUUCCUUUUUCACUAACCUAUCUGAUGGAGAAUAGCCUGGACCCAUACAAGUUCCCAAUUUUUGAGAGUCCCAUAAAGUACCUUUAGGGCCUUUUAGAAACUGGGAAAGCAAUUACAACUGAACUCCAAGGUUCUCAGAACUAGGGAUUUGAUCAGAAGAUGAAAUUAAUUAGCUCAGCCCAGCAAUAACUUUGCUUUCUGUAGCUAAAAGCUUAUAACAGGCCAACAGAUCUACAGGAAGAAUCUGAAGAAUUAUUACCAACACUUCUCAUUCUGUGAACAGCUAGUUAUUACCCCGAAAGGGCUCCAUCUAUCCACCAUGCCAUUCUUAGUUCCUGUUCAAUACCAUCAAAGCUCUUCAGUCACUACUCAGACCAAGAGGAAAAAGGAUAAUAGAUGGCACACCAGUUUGGGGUCCAGUGACUUGUACCUGUGUGACUUGCUGCAAGGCCAGGCUUCCAUUUUUAAAAAAGUACCUUCUCUAUAUAAGGUCUCCUGCUUUUGAUCUUGCAAAGUACAAUAAGUUGGCUCUGUGGUCUUGGUCCUCACCCCAGCCCAAGGUCCUAAAUAGCCUGGCUUCAGUCCUGUUCUGAGGUCAGAGAUUCCCAAUUCAAUCUGGGGAAAUGACACUUUCCAAUAAAAAUACAACAAUCA